CCUCCACAAUAGAACUUUUGAGCUUGAAAGAAAACUGCUAUGGCACCAAGAGAGAGAUGCUCACAAGAGAGUUCAAGAGAGAGUUCAAGUUAAUCAACAUUUGCCGCAAAAUUUCCUAUGCCUACGGGCAUGAAUUGUAUGUCAGCAACAACAAAUUUCCUGGCAGAACCACCUAUGAGUUGAUAUCCUUGUAAGCAAUAGCUUGCACAUUACGACAAGAGACACGCUGCAGAUUUUAGUGAUGAACACAUCUCUUUCAGAGAAAGCGGCACUUUUAUUCAGCAUGACAAUGUGUUGAAUUGCAAGACACGACGUGGUUCACCUUGUGGAAACACAUCUCAGUACGAUGAGAGAUGUGCGGCAAAUUUUAGGAACAAAUGCAUCUCGUAACUUCUUCGUCAACUAGAGGAAGCAAGCUCUCCCUUUGUGCAAGUACUAAGUUGUUCCUAUGCAAUGGGCCUGACAUGCCAGGCAUCUCAAACGCUGGCCCUGCACGAGGGAAAUUGUCCGGAUUGAUAAUUCUCUUUUCAGGCACGCAUCUGUCGCCUGAUGGUUACAGCACCAGCCUUCUGUGCUGGGGGACCUGGAUUUGAAACCAACCACCAGACAUUUUUAUUUAUUUAAACUUAAACCGCAAAGUGUUGGGAGGAGUCAAGAAAAGCUAUCGCUUUAAAAUUUCAUUAGACAGUGUUAGUAUAGCAUAUGCACAGUUCUUGCAAGCAUUUAGCCCACUAUUGGUGCAUGUGCAGAACACAACGAAGAGCUUUGCAGGUUAUGCAGGCAUGCUAACUAGCAUAUAACAACGCAGCAUCCGGGUCACCCACUUCAAUCCGCAUUUGCCCUUCGUGCAUGGUCGUUGCUGCGAAAGCAAGAAAUAAAUGGUAAAAUCAGGCUUCACUUAGUCUCAUCUCAAUUUGAGAAUAAAAUAUUAGCGACGCUUUGUCAUUAUUAUUGAGAUCAGCUGUCUGAUUUGAUGCUGCUAGGCACAACAAAAGACACCACCACUGCUGCGAAUGUGCUUCGAUUUUUAACUACCAGAUGGCGGCAGAGCAUUGAGUACUGGCCAUGCGUUGAUAACGUGGAACACUAUUAGAAGCGUGCUCAGAGAGGCGUGUUUAAAAAAGCUGUAGUAGUCACGCGUGCCUCCAUGUGAACAACCAAAACGGUCUACAGUCAAUGCUCAUUACAAUGAACCGUGAUUAGCCAGCAAAAAAAGGUCCAUUAUAAAUUAUGGUCGUGGUAUGAUGUGAAACGGCAAAACUUUGCAUAUACUGCUGUCUAACUUGUAUGCACUCACAAAAACAAUAAAAACAUCGAAAUAAAAAAAAACUAACUACAGAUAAACGGGUUUACGCUGUAAUUGUACAACCACGCAACACGGUGUCUUCCUGUCCACCAUUUUCUGGACACUGGUUGCUGACAAAUCUCAAGUUUCCCCGUACUAGGGCAUGCAUACAGUAGAACCUUGUUAAUACAAUCCCGUUACAUAGUAUUUUCCGGCGCAAACAUUCGCAAUAGAAAACACAAGAAAUGACCCAAUGCAGUUAGGCUUCUUUUUCACCAGUUCAUAGGUUCCCAGAUUAUACAAUACACAUUAUCACAAGGAGAAAAAAAGCGUGUUCGGCUUGCUCCACCGGCCGCCAUGUUUGUUUUGGUGUCCCGCACUGUUACAGCGGAAGCCGCCUGUUUGUUGACAUGUUGUCAUCCCGCAUCAAACGUGGGAUGAAAACAAAAAAAAUUCUUUUCGCGGGAAAUUUAACACUUUCGGGACCGGCCCAUAGGCCAUCGAUCCUAUAUGAUCGACGGUUUUGCGCGCACUGCCCCGUUCAAAUUUCCGCGCGCUUGGACAUGUAGCUCCAUCUAGGAGGUCGUCAGGAACUAGACUCUCGGUUUCGGCAUAGUUUCUUUCAUUUCCAGCAGGUGGCGAUACGCGCGAGAGAAUUUUCUCGAUUGCGGCGGCGGCGGACGCAGUGGAAAAUGGCGUCGUGCUCGCGUCCGGUCGCUCGAAAAGAACGCCGUCAAUCGCGCGAUUCCGCUGCUUCGGCAACGGAUUUUUUUGAUGAACCGAGCAGCGAAGAGUCUGAAGACGACUUCGGCAGCUCCGAUUUUAUUUCGGACUCCGAUUCGGAUGAUGAUGAGCCACGGACUUCAUCUAGUAGCCGAAGGGUCUCAACAAGCUACGGCAAUGAUCUGCUGCCGCCAGCGCAGAAGCGGAUUGAGUUUUCGCCGCGACGGGAACCUGGCGUGUACUUGGACGCAGAAGUGGGCGUGGCGCUCAGAAGCGGAUCAAAGAAAUUCUUGACUGCUCUGGACUUCUUUCUUCUGUUUUUCUCGAUGAAUGUGAUCGAAACAAUUUGUGACAACACGAACAAGUAUGCUUGGACUCACAUUUUGGAAAAACCAACGGAUGCUUGUUCCGAUGGAUCUUGGGAAGAAGUCACCCCAAGUGAAAUGCUAAAGUUUAUCGGACUCGUAAUUUACAUGGGCGUUGUGAAGGUUCCUCGGCUGAAGCUGUAUUGGAACGUAGGAGAUCUGUACAGCGGUCUGCUCCCACCACGGAUCAUGCGGCGACGCCGGUUCAUAGCUCUACUCGCAAUGUUGCAAGUUGCAGACUUGGACGAUGUCACUCAAAGUUCAAGAGGAAAGCUCCGAUACAUGUGGUGGCUCCUGCAACACAUGAACGAAGUGUCAGCGAAUCUUUUCCAGCCACAUCGCGAUCUUUCCGUGGAUGAGCGCAUGGUGAAAUCGAAAGGGCGGUCAGGCAUCCGACAGUAUAUCAAAGAUAAAGUAACAAAAUGGGGCUACAAGCUGUGGGUCCUAGCUGACCCUGGCACCGGAUAUACUGUGCAGUUUAGUGUGUAUACCGGUAAGCGUGAGCAGUCAGGGCCCCAUGGCUUAGCUUUCGACGUAGUUUGCCAGCUGUGUCACAGAUAUCUUGAUCAGGGCUACAGGAUCUUUAUGGACAAUUUUUACACUUCUACUAGCCUGUUCAGUCAUCUUCUCAGCCGAAAAACAUUGGCUUGCGGAACCACACGCAAGGAUCGCCGAGGAUUUCCUGCCGAACUGAAGGAUGCACGGUGGGAAAAAAAAGCUCGACGUGGCGACAUUCGAUGGUUGCGCGAUCAGAACAUCCUGUACCUUCAGUGGAAAGACCGGCGUGUUGUCAACAUGAUGAGCACGGUUCAUACUGCAAAUGACACGGUCACUGCAAAAAGAAGGGAAAGAGGGCAAAACUCCUGGACUCAGAUAUCUAUAACAAAGCCUCUGCUGAUCCAUGAUUAUAAUGCUGGCAUGCUAGGCGUAGAUAAAUCGGAUCAAAUGAUUGGAUAUUAUAAUGUUCUCAUGAGAAGCGUACGGUGGUGGAAGACUCUGUUCUUCCACUGCAUCGAUAUUGCAUGUGUGAACAGUUUUGUACUCUUCCAAGCUCACCGCACAUUGCACCCAGAGAUUCCUGAGCUGGCACGCACUGCCGGGUUUGACCACCUAGCUUUUAGAGAAGAGCUCAUUCGGCAGCUUCUGAAUCUUGACGGUGCCAAGCAAGCACACACGCCUCCACCACCCGUCGCAAAACAUGCACUCCACAAGCCGGAAAAAGUGGCAAAACGCAGAAACUGCAAGCUGUGCUAUGAGCAGAAAAAAAUCGAGCUCAAAACUAAUGUCUUUUGCAGCACAUGCCAAGUUCACUUGUGUUUUACGACUGCCCGGAACUGCUUCGUCGAGUGGCACAAGAAUCGUGGGACCUGAGUGGCUGACCACUGGUGCAAGCUAGAUUUCACACAAAAAAAAGACAGUUGUAGAUACGCGUGCCAAAUUUUCACAAGCAAGAAAGGAGGCAUUGUGGCACAUUUUGUAUAUCUUGAAUUUUUUUUAUUAUGUUUUUCCACUUGUAUAUCCAUGACUUUUCCAACUUUUUUAUGUUGUUCUUUCAGCAAAUCUUGAAUUUGAGAUUUUUUAAAAAAUAUUAUAUAUCACUUUUAAGUCUAACCUUUCUUUAUGCAUGAAAGACCAUCUAAUUAGCUACAUUUUGAUAAACAUUGCAGCAAUAUAGCGUAAUGACUAUUCGUAAUAAAAAAUAAUUUUUGACACCCAUCAGAAUUGCCUGUUUUUUCCCCGGUCCCGAAAGAGUUAACCCAUGUAAUGAUCGCACCCCUGAAUUCGCGUCAAUUUUUUUAACAAAAAAGUGCGAUCAUCAUG